GAAUGUCAGCGCGAGCGACAGAAGACGUUGUCGAAUGGCGUCGAACAAAAUCCUGAUGGACGUCGAAUCAGUCUUCCAGCUCUUCUUGUCCCCCAUUUCGUCGCCAUCUGUCCGUUACGGUCGCCUGAUGCUGACGGCAGUAUAAUACUCAAGACGAAAGUUGUACCGCAACAAACGUCUGGUUGCAGCUACCGUAGUCUCUCUUGAAACUCGGGGUGCAACUGGACGCAACGUCAGCGGGGAGAGGAAAGUACGCUUUCGCGCUCCCUGUUUGGAGCCUUCCCGGCGCUUGCCGGCCCUCGAUUCCUCCUGCCUCAUUCUCCUUUUCACCCUACUCGAGGCAAACCUCCAGUCCCGACUUCUCCAGUAGCGUACAGUACUCUCACGAUGAAGCUCAGCGCCAUCUUGAUCGCCGCUGCCGGCAUCGUGUCGACUACCUCGGCUCAAGCCACUACCUCGACUGCUGGCAGCGCUGCUACCACUACGGUUGCCCCCACGACGUCAAGCACGGCUUCAUCGUCGGCUGGUGCUACGACUGCCAGCUCCGGCACCUCCACCGCCACGGUGUCGUCUGGAGACGAUGUCUUCGCCAACCUCGAGACCCAAACGUACCCCAAGGACUCGUACCACAUGCCUGCGGUUCGCGCCGUGCACGCCCGUGUGCAAAGUGACGCUCCGAUCCUCGUGGACGGCGUGUUCGUGUCGAGCUUCGGUGAUGGCGAACUCGAGGCUGGUUACUUGAGUGGCAUGGACACAGUCAACACUGCGUCGGUGGAGGGUGCACUGAUGUACGUCCAGGCUGAGGGCAUCAACAUCAACGUCCGAGCAGAGGAGGAACGCUGCGAACGUAAGUCUGGCAUGUCCAACAUCGUCUUCUACGAGAUCAUCAUUGUGCAGACGAACGAGACGCUUGCCCAGUUCCAGGAAUCAUGGGGCAAGACACCCGAGUACGGCCCCAUGCUCCCCAUGGACAGCGGUCGUUGCACUCCUCUCUCGGGUGACGACGACUUCCCUGCUGGCUGCCUACAGUUCAACGGUGACGACGACCAGCCCAAUGUUGGGCCAUUCGUCGGAGGUGGCAUCAAGGAUGACGACGUGCGAGCUCCGUACCCAGACAACUACUGGUUCUCCUUCCCCGGCACAUGUCCGCUCAAGGCCUGGGGUGACAAGACGGACGAAUGCCGCAGCAGUACUCGCAAGGGUCUGUGCAGCUACGGCCAAGGUCCGGACGGUGUGGACUGCACCUUCGCUUACAACAUUCUCGGUUGGGUGACUAUCGACGAUAUUGUCGGGAUCACUGCCAUUGAGAACCCGGACACGGGCGCUCCGUACGCCAACUUCACCGAGUGGUGCAUGGCUGACUCCAACAACACGGAGUUUGCUGCUAACGCUGAGACUGGCGAGAUGGAGACGGGUCUGCCAUUCUGGGAGGAUCCGCUCAACUCGACUGCCAACGCUGCUCGCGCUGCGGCUGCGGUGGCCAAGUACGAGGAGACUCUGCAGUCGGGCUCUUCGCAGAUUGAGGAUAAUCUGAUCGCUGCCUUCCGUGCACUGCCCACACCUGAGGAGCUUGCUGCUUCCAACCCGCCGUGCUACAAGACCGUGGAGGCCUGUGGAUCGGGCAACGGAUGCAAGCGUGUAGGCUACUCCCAGUUGUGCACUGAAUGCACAGCCGAUGAGGGCUGCUCCACGAGCGAAAGUGGCUUCGAGUAUCCUAAGUUGGAGAAGGCUUACACGACGUUGUCGGAGGACGAGACCACCACCAAUCUGGGUGGCUCGAGCAGCGGCAAAAGCUCGACUGCUUCUGGCUCGACUGCAGGAUCGAACGGUGACAGCGCUGCUGCUCCUCUGACCUUGACUGUUGCUUCGGUAGCAGUGGGUCUCAUGACGGCUGUGCUUGCUCUGUAAAUCGAUUAGAAGAUGCAUCGAAUAGAUCGAGAGGAGCCUCGGUCGGUGUCCAAUUUGCUUCCGAGCUUUUGAUAGUAAAUAAAAAAGGUGUCAUUGUUUUGAUUGUGUCUUGAUUCUUUGACGACACGAGUCCCUGUUGCUAAGUGCAGUAGCACCUACUCCACUGGAGUCUCCAGGGUAACUAAUUGUAAUGGUCGGCGUGG